AGGUCGAUGGAGAAACCAACCCUGCCCUACACGCCCACGGUGGUGCACGCGGGGGGAAUACACUGUCGGCCUGCCAAACCACUGCCUGAGGACCUGCAGCAGUGGAUCGCUGGUGCUGGGGAACCAGGUUUCAUAUUGUUCAGUUUGGGAACUUUAAUAAAAUCUGCAGAUAUACCAGAUAAGUACCUGAAGGUGUUGGUAGAUGUGCUUGGGUCGCUACAGCAGAGAGUGCUGUGGAAGUGGGACAAGGAAACUAUGGAAGGACUUCCACCUAACGUGCGGCUGGCCAAGUGGAUCCCGCAGCAGGAUGUUCUCGGCCACCCGCAGCUUCGCCUCUUCAUAACACACGGAGGUCUAUUCAGUAUUCAGGAGGCAACGUACCACAGGGUGCCAAUUCUGGGCAUGCCAGUCGCCAUUGAUCAACACUACAACAUGCGAAAGGUGCAGAAAGAAGGCUGGGGACACGUCUUGUAUUGGGAGGACCUCACCCAUGACAACUUGCGCGAUCACAUCUUGCAGCUCAUUAGUGACAAAAGAAUACUGGAGGAGGUACAGCAGCGGUCCAGGUUGAUGCGAGACCAGCCAAUGUCACCAGGAGACUGGGCCACGUACUGGGUGGAAUAUGUCCUCAGACACCAAGGAGCAAGCCACCUUCGUUCUCCAGCUGGGCACAUGCCUUGGUACCAGCUGUACAAUGCGGACGUGUGGGCGGUGCUGGUUGUGACGACGACGGUGACUACAAUCCUAACGUCCUGGCUGUUCUUCAGGAUCCUUCGAGCUCUGCUUCGUUGCUGCUGCACAUCAAGGAAGACGAAGAAGGAGUGAACCCACGCCUGCUAGGUGGCCUAUAAAGAAUUAUGCCAAACUAAAAAGUACAAGAAGAAAAUUGUUUUAUAUGACAAGAGAGAGAGAGAGAGAGAGAGAGAGAGAGAGAGAGAGAGAGAGAGAGAGAGAGAGAGAGAGAGAGAGAGAGAGAGAGAGAGAGAGAGAGAGAU